AUGAACACUUUGCCCGAUUCUCGAAUGCUAUAUAGGUUUCGAUAUGUGGAAUGCCAGCUUAACUCUUUUCGACGGGCACGAAAUCGAAACCAACUUGACGAAUGUCUACGCUCCUUGCCUCGCGAUCUAGAUGAAACCUAUGAACGCAUACUUUGCGGCAUUGACGAAACAUAUGUUGAUGAUGUACGGCAUGUGUUGACCGUGCUCAGCUUAGCCACCCGACCCCUUACUGCUAGUGAGUUGAUCGACGCUCAUGCGGUAGAACUUGGGGAAGUCCCGUAUCUCGACCGUGAAGGCCGUUCUUAUGAGCAAGAUGAUAUUGUUGAAAUUUGUGUUGGACUUAUAGAGAUCGUGGAAGUAGAUGAUGGUGAUGGGAAAUCGAUCUCAAUCGCUCGCAUCGCCCACUUCUCCGUUCAAGAGUACCUUCAGUCAGAUCACAUUCGUCAACAGAAAGCAGCAAAGUUUGCUAUUGAAAGAGCAUCUGCUAAUGCAGAAGUAGCACAAAUCUGCCUAGCUUAUCUGUUAAACCCAGCCCUAUCGGAGGGUAUCUUGGAUGAGGUGAAGCUUCGAGACUUCCCACUUGCUCACUUCGCUGCUAUGCAUUGGUAUCACUACUAUCAGGCAUCCCAAGAGGGAAAGGUAAAGGCCGGAGAACUUUUGUUGAGGAUCUUCCAGAACGAGGCGAAUUCUUUCCUUACCUGGGUCAGGUUAUGCGAGGUUGACCGUCCAUGGAGAACAAUGAUAAAUUUUAAGAUUGGCGUUGAGGACACAGGAUCACCUUUAUACUAUGCAUCUUUUCUGGGACUAGAUGACAUACUAAGGAGUAUCCUAGCGAGUGAUGACAGGUCUUCUGGUCUAUGUAACUCAGUCAAUGCCGAGGGUGGAUUCUAUGGCAAUGCACUUCAGGCAGCAUCAGGUUCAGGCCACAAAGAGGUGGUACAGCUGCUGCUGGAUCAAGGCGCCGAAGUGAACGCCCAGGGUGGAUUCUACGGCAAUGCACUUCAGGCAGCAUCAGGCGAAGGUCACAAAGAGGUGGUCCAACUGCUGCUGGAUCAAGGUGCCGAAGUGAACGCCCAGGGUGGAGCAUAUGGCAAUGCACUUCAGGCAGCAUCAUUUUCGGGUCAUAAAGAGGUGGUCCAACUACUGUUACAUCAAGGUGCCGAAGUGAACGCCCAGGGUGGAGCAUAUGGCAAUGCACUUCAGGCAGCAUCAUGUUCGGGCCACAAAGAGCUGAUCCAACUACUGCUAAAUCAAGGUGCCGACGUGGACGCCCAGGGUGGCAAGUAUGGCAAUGCACGUAACAUUGGGGGUGAAUUGACAAUUCAUGGUGUGCUGUUUCAUUGA